AACGGGUCCUCACUCAUCAAUUUCCUUCCGUUUACAACGCAAAAUGUCGGGAGAGGUUUAUUUGCUAUGGCUUCUUUCUCUCAUACAAACGCUUUCGGCAUAUGGAGCCGACUUGUCCUCAGAGGCAUGCAGGGAACUGGGCUUCUCCAGCAACCUCCUGUGUAGCUCCUGUGACUUACUAGGGGAGUUCAGCCUGAGCCAGAUCCAACCUGUCUGCAGACAAUGCUGCCAACAGGAGGCCCAGAUGGAGACCAGGAAGCUUCACCCUGGGGCCAUCUUGGAAGUGUGUGGAUGAAAAUUGGGGAGGUUCCCUCAAGUCCAAGCUUUUGUCAGGUCUGACAAGCCGAAGAUGUUCAAGGGCCUUCAAAUUAAGUAUGUAAGAGGUGCAGACCCUAUACUGAAGCUUUUGGACGAUAACGGGAACAUUGCCGAAGAACUCAGCAUUCUCAAGUGGAACACCGAUAGCGUAGAAGAAUUCCUGAGUGAGAAGUUAGAGGUGUAUGAUACCAAUUUAUAGUGCCCCCCCCCCCCCCCCCCCCCCGCUAUGAAUAUAUGCUCUUUGGAUUUCGUUGUAUAAUUAUAUGUUUAAGGAUUGCACUGUUAGACAUUUCUUUUGUACCUGAAAAAUAUGAACUUUGUCAGUAGAUUUUCAUGUUUAAAUUGUGCCUGCAUGUAAAACGACCAUUUUAUAGAUUUGUAAAGAUAUCAAAAUACUAGUAACUACAAAAUUAUUGGAAUGGGUUAUCCAAAGAGACAGACGUUCACUGCUUUAACUCUUUUAUUUUAAUUUUUUUUUUUGUAUUUGUGAAAGUUGUUUUUCUCCUCCAGUUUGUCAGUUGUCCCUGUAUUUAAAAUAUUGCUAAUGCUAUCAGCUCUGGGGUCUUAGGAUGGGGGAAUCCAAGGGGCUCGCUUCUGGCAAAUGCUUGGUUGAGGCACACAUUAGUGAAGGCCUCACAGUAAACCACAUUCUGGGAUGUGAGACCUGAUGUACAGGUGUGUCUCCAUGGGCAUGUUGCAGUGGAGAGACUCUGGAUUCCCAGCGUUGGAAUGAGGGGAAGUGGAGGAGGAAAAAUGCAACCAUUAAUUAAAUGUCUUUAAUGGUA